CUCAACUCGCCGCCUUGCUAAGUCGUUAAUCUCUGUGGUCUCUGCCGUCAUCAAGCUUCUGUAAGGGGUAACAGUAACAGGUUCGAGCAUCAACAAUGGCGCCUGUGAGAACUACAGGCGCUGUUGUGGGCGUGGCUGCCUUAUUCGUCUCAGUCGCACUCUCCUAUCUCAUCUGCGACCGACGCUCUAAAUCUUCCUCUAAGAACACCCGCUUGACUUUGUCAAAGGAGAAAUCGAGGAAGGGGCUGAUUGAUGCUAUUGGUAAUACGCCUUUAAUUCGAAUCAAUAGCCUCUCUGAAGCCACUGGUUGUGAAAUUCUUGGGAAGUGCGAGUUUUUGAACCCUGGAGGGAGCGUGAAAGAUCGAGUUGCAGUGAAAAUCAUUGAAGAGGCUUUAUCAUCUGGCCAGCUACGCCCAGGUGGAAUUGUUACUGAAGGGAGUGCUGGAAGCACUGCUAUUAGCCUUGCUACUGUUGCCCCUGCCUAUGGAUGCAAAUGCCAUGUAGUUAUCCCAGAUGAUGCUGCAAUUGAAAAGGCUCAGAUGAUUGAAGCCCUAGGAGCUACUGUUGAAAGAGUUAGACCGGUAUCAAUUACUCACAAAGACCAUUUUGUAAAUGUUGCAAGAAGACGGGCAUCAGAAGCAAACGAGUUUGUCUCAGAAAAUAUAAACAAAUCACAAAUGAAUGGUGGGAACAUUAAACCAAUUAAUGGUUACAGAGCUGAUGGAGACAGCCACAAUUCAGCUUUUCCCGUGGAUUGUCAAGGUGGUGGCUUCUUUGCUGAUCAGUUUGAGAAUUUGGCAAACUUUAAGGCGCACUUAGAGGGUACAGGACCUGAGAUCUGGGAACAGACGAAUGGAAAGUUGGAUGCAUUUGUUGCAGCAGCUGGUACUGGUGGCACGUUGGCUGGUGUUUCUAGGUUUCUUCAGGAAAAGAAUCCAACCAUCAAGUGCUUCCUCAUAGAUCCUCCUGGUUCUGGUUUGUUCAAUAAGGUAACAAGGGGGGUGAUGUACACCAAGCAGGAAGCAGAAGGAAAAAGACUCAAGAAUCCAUUUGAUACCAUAACAGAAGGAAUUGGAUGCAACAGGAUAACAAAGAACUUUAUGAUGGCCAAAGUUGAUGGUGCUUUUCAAGGCACAGAUAUGGAGGCUAUUGAAAUGUCCAGGUUUCUUUUGAAGAACGAUGGACUAUUUCUUGGGAGUUCUUCGGCAAUGAAUUGUGUAGGAGCAGUUAGAGUAGCUCAGUCGCUUGGCCCUGGUCAUACAAUUGUAACCAUUCUCUGCGACAGUGGAAUGAGACAUCUGAGUAAGUUCCAUAACCCUCAAUACCUGUCUCAGCUUGGCAUGACUCCUAAAGCAACCGGAUUAGAGUUUCUUGGUAUCAAAUGAGAAUGUCAAAUUCAAAAUUCCAUUGCUCCAACCUAUUGUACUGCUGCCCCAUUGCUUCGUGGCCUGUGAUCUUUCUAAAUCAGAAUCGAAUGCAGCUGAAUUGUGUGAGAAAAAGAGACGAGAGAGUGACUGUGAGCAGGCUUCACUUUGGUAAGACUUACAAUGAAGGCACAGAAGUGGGUCUCAUUUCUCUCUCUCUCUCAUCACUUCAGUUAAAUUAUUACUUUAGAAGAUUUAGGCAUGAUCUUUGUGGGCGUCCGAUGAGUGUGCCUCCUUGAACUUUGAGCUGGGUUUCUGUCGAGAUUUGUUGCCACGUAAGCAUAAGUGCCUAUCAUAAGUGGAUGGCACCAUAAGCCGAGGCUUGGGGAGUUUUGCGAGAAGAAAAAAUCGGAUUUCGUGUAAGACUGUUAUUCGUUUUUCACUAGACUAAUUAUUUCUCCAUCGCUCAAAUGCGAGCGAACGGUUAUGCAUUCUCUGUCCGUGGAAUUUGGCUAAUUCAAAUUGCCUGAGAAUAGUGUGAUGGAUGAAGAGUUCAAGUCUUUUACUUUGGAA